CGCAUCAGGACAUGCGUGAGCUGAGGCAAGAUGGCUGUUCUCAGAUUUCUCGCUGGUAUGAAAUACAACACGAAGCAAUUCUUGUUUUAUCAUGGAACUAGAUAAAUCUAUCUUGAUGCAAAAGCAGGUGAAGGAUAAUUCAGAGGAUUUACGAAGCGAAUUUUUGGACUUGAAAAAUUGGGAAGAGCAAAUGAAGCGAAAGGAACAAGAAUUGUUGAAUGAACGUACUGGACAGAAUAUUUUGCCUCCAAUCAGAAGCAAAAAUAAGAAAAAAUGUAUAAUAAAAGAAAAUAAAAAGACUGAAAAUUCUAAACGAAUAAAGUCUUAUGAUUAUUCAUUAUGGGACAAAUUCGAUGUUGACAAAGCAUGCAAAGAAUUAGAUAAAGAAGGACAAUCUAGUGAUUCUUGUGAUGAAACUAUGUCUAAAGAGGAAUUGGAAAAAGAUCAUAGCAAAGCAUUAGAACACAAAGAUCAAGGCAAUAUUUUUGUGCAACAGAAAAAAUGGGAUAAAGCAAUUGCUUCAUACAGCGAAGCAAUAAAAAUUUUUCCUUAUGAUGCUAUAUUUUAUGCCAAUCGUGCACUUUGUUAUUUAAAACAAGACAACUUGUAUUCAGCAGAAGCAGAUUGUUCAUCUGCAAUCGAAUUGGAUGAAACUUAUGUUAAAGCUUACCAUAGACGAGCAACAGCAAGAAUGGAAUUGAAACAAUAUAAAGAGGCAAAGGAAGAUAUAGAAAAAAUAUUAACUUUAGAACCUUCUAAUAAAGAAGCAAAGGUCUUACUUAGCCAAAUUAAUAAACGACUUGAAAACUUAAAGCCAAUUAUUAAAUCUGUUGAAGAAAUAACCAAAGACAUACCGAUAGAAAAAAAAAUUGCUGAAAAGAUGUUUGAUAAUGUAAAAUCCAAUAAAAAAAUAAUUGAUAUUAAAGAGAAUAAAAAUAAAAAGGAUAAUGUAAAUAAUAUAGGAGCUAUUGCAAAAUCGAACACCAUAAAUCUAACAGAAUCAAAGAGAGAUCCACGCAUUCCAGAUUGGCUACCAGAAAAAGAUGAUGUUGAAGUUGUGGAAUCUAUUGAAAAACCUCCUCAUUUACGCUCAAAGGAACCAUUAAUAAGAAUACCUGUGCAAGAGGCUGAUUUAACUAAACCUUUCGAAAAUGAUUUCUUUUUAAAAAAAGAAAUUAAAGCAUCAUGUAAUAAAAAUCAGCAUCUAGAAUUCAAAUCAAAUGUACACUCUGAUAAUACAAAGUAUGAAGAAAGUAUUACAAAAUCUAAACCAGAAGUAAAUUUUACCGAAAAUAUGGAAAUACCUCCCAUUCCAAGAACUGCAGUCCAAUUUAUAAUAAACUGGAGAAGAUAUACUUCAUCUGAUUUUCGGUACAAAUAUUUAAAGCAAAUACCAUCAAAUAACUUACCAAAAAUAUUUCAAGAUUCAAUGGAAAGUGAUAUUUUUAGUGAUAUAUUAGCAAUACUUAAAACAGAAUUUAUGAAACAGGAAGAACCUAUAUUCCCGUAUUUAAAAGAUCUCAGUGUUGUUAAGAGAUUUAGAGCUCUUAUUAUGUUUAUCAGUAACUUAGAAAAACAAGAUUUGAAGGUCAUGUUCUCAUAUUGUAAAACAUUAGAAAAGAUACCUGAAGAAGAAAUUAUAAAGUUGCAGAAUAAAUAUGAAAUUUGAUAAAAUGUGAAUUGUAAUCUUAAAAAGAAAAGUUUGUGGUAGAUGAAGAAGGCCUUCUUUUUUGCGCCGAAGUAGGAACUUUAUCUUCAACUGGCUGAAUAUGAUAAAAAUAAGGUAUAUUAAAUGAAACAACAUACAUAUACACACAUAUA